AUGGCUGAACAAAUCCCCAUUCACCCCGUCGCCCCGCGUCUCAAGACUGGCGACCGCAAACCCCACGUCGGCCCCGACCACAAGGCGUACAAGGAUGUUCACACCGAGACUGUCGGUCAUGAAUCGGACAAAUGGUGGGCCCAUAUGGCCCGCCAGACCCUCCACUGGGACAGGCCCUUCCACACAGUCCGUGCAGGCGGAUUCGAAAACGGCGAUAUCGUCUGGUUCCCUGACGGUGGCCUCAACGCGUCUUACAACUGCGUCGAUCGCUGGGCAUUCAAGCACCCCGACAAGGUUGCCAUCGUGUACGAGGCAGACGAGCCUGGUGAAGGCAGCCUCAUCACCUACCGCGAGCUCCUCAGCGAGGUCUGCUCCAUCGCCAAUGUCCUCAGGAACCUCGGCGUCAAAAAGGGCGAUACCGUCUCCAUCUACCUCCCCAUGACAUGGCAGGCCGUCGCUGCCUUCCUCGCCUGCGCCCGCAUCGGCGCAGUCCACUCCGUCGUAUUCGCAGGCUUCAGCGCCGAGUCCCUCCGCGACCGCGUCCACGACUGCAAGUCCCGCGUGCUCCUCACCAGCGACGAGGGGCGGCGCGGUGGCAAGACGAUCGCUACAAAGGCGAUCGUCGAUGCUGCCCUCAAGGGCUCCUCCGUCGUAGAGCACGUUCUCGUCCUUCAGCGCACUGGCAACGACGUGGCUUGGACCGAGGGCCGUGACUUGUGGUGGCACGAGGAGACCGCCAAGGUGCCCAACUACUGCCCGCCGGAGAUCAUGGCCUCCGAGGACCCGCUCUUCAUUCUCUACACCUCCGGUUCGACCGGAAAGCCCAAGGGCGUCGUCCACACCACUGGCGGGUACCUCCUCGGUGCCGCGCUGACGGUCAAGUACGUGUUCGACGUGCACCCGGACGACAAGUUCGCGUGCAUGGCCGACAUCGGCUGGAUCACGGGCCACACCUACAUCGUGUACGGCCCGCUCGCGAACGGCGUCUCGACGACCGUAUUCGAGUCGACGCCCGUGUACCCGACGCCGUCGCGCUACUGGGAGACGGUCGAGAAGCACAAGAUUACGCAGUUUUACUCGGCGCCGACGGCGAUCCGGCUGCUGAGGAGGCUGGGCGAGCAGCAUGUCGAGAAGCAUGAUUUGAGUACGCUGCGUGUGCUCGGGAGUGUUGGGGAGCCGAUCAAUCCCGAGGCGUGGAAUUGGUAUAAUGAGCAUGUCGGGCGGAAGCAGUGUGCGAUUGUCGAUACCUUCUGGCAAACGGAAACUGGCUCGAUUGUCGUCACGCCUUUCCCCGGUGCGAUCGAGACGAAGCCGGGAUCGGCUACCGUGCCCUUCUUUGGUAUCGAGCCUGUUAUUCUCGACCCUGUCACGGGCAGGGAGCUCGAUGGCAACAAUGUCGAGGGCGUGCUUGCGAUCAAGAACCCCUGGCCGUCGAUCGCGCGUACGGUGUACAACGACCAUGCGCGGUACCUCGAGACGUAUAUGAAGCCGUACCCUGGGGUGUUCUACACUGGUGACGGCGCUGCCCGUGAUGAGCACGGGUAUAUCUGGAUCAAGGGCCGUAUCGAUGAUGUCAUCAACGUAUCUGGACAUCGUCUGUCGACAGCGGAGAUUGAGUCGGCGCUCAUCUGCCACAAGGGUGUCGCAGAGACGGCGGUCAUUGGUACGGCCGAUGAGCUCACAGGCCAGGCCGUCUACGCGUUCGUCACACUGAAACCGGAAUUCACGUACGACCCCAGCGACGAGGCCGCGCUCACCAAGGAGCUCGUCCUCCAGGUACGCAAGGUGAUCGGCCCCUUUGCGGCGCCGAAGAAGAUCUUCAUCGUCAGCGAUCUGCCCAAGACGCGCUCUGGCAAGAUUAUGCGCCGCAUUAUGCGCAAGAUCGUCGCAGGCGAGGGCGACCAGCUUGGGGAUCUGAGUACUGUUGCGGAGCCGGGCGUUGUUGAUGUUAUCAAGAAGAAGGUUGCGGAGAGCGCUUGA